AGCCGGGGGAGUAAAAGCGACAUGGACGUGGCCGGUUAGCCGCAGUCGGUGGCGGGAACUCAGAGGCGUCACAAGCAUAUCCCCAUCACAGCACCACACCACGCCACAGCACAUCACAGCACCUCUUCCUCCUCCUCAUCCCACUGGGCCUGCUGGCAGCAAUGUGGAGACCUGUUGUUAUCUUGCUGGUGGCGCUGACGGGGCUGGCGACCUGCAAUCCCAUUGGGCGCCAGGUCGGCCUGUCUGCGGAUGUUGGCGUGACUUCUAUCAACAAGACGGCAGUGUGUGUCGUUGAUGGGAUACUGUACACGGCGGGACAGCAUGUCCCCACCGCCGACCCCUGCGAGGAGUGCCAGUGCCGCCCGCCUGGGUUCGCCUGUGUAACAGUGCAGUGCCCGGUGAAGCCAGAGUGCCAAUCCUUCCAGGAGGAGGGCCAGUGUUGUCUCACAUACAGUUGUGGUUGCCAGAAAGACGGGGUAGAGAUUCCUGAAGGGGAAAUCGUAAAGGACCCGAAGAACCCGUGUGAGACUUGCGUGUGCAAGGGGGGCGAUAUUGUGUGUACGGUGGAUAGCUGCCCUUGGAGGGAUGACUGCGAGGGGAGAUACACAGAUGGAGUCUGCUGCCCUUCCUACGACCACUGCCAAGCCACAGAUUCUGGCAGCGAAGCAUCCGUGGUGGAGCGGGGGCAGCCCGAGGGAGAGGAGUCUACCGCAGUGCCUGACUCAGUCAUCAGAGAAGGCGGCGAGGAUGAACGUCCUACCGAGGCUCCGGAGGCGAGUGAGGCCGUGACGCAGCUCAGCGAAUCCGAGACAGGAGCCAACGAAACACCAGUUGAAGCAAAUGAAGCAGUGAAUGAAGUCUCAGGUGAUGCUGGUCAGGAAAUUGUUGAGACUCAGACCGAAACUAGGAGUGAAGUAGGAAGUGAAGACGACGAAGCGUACACUCAAGCACCCGUGAGACAAAGUGAAACUGAAACUGACGUCACUGAAACCCCGGAGCAAGUAAACUUGAAGUUAGACGAAACGCAAACAGAAGCUUCUGAAGUUGUAACAGAUGCCAGCGAAGUCCUAACUGAGCAGGUAGAGGUUGAAACGCAGACAAGAGCAAAUGAAGCCCAGAACGAACAAACUGACAACAACACCGAGACUCCUGCUGAAGCCAGUGAAGCAGAGCCAACCACUCUUCCUCCAGCAGGGAACGCUGAAGUCAGAGAUGAAGGUGAUGAAGAUGUGACUGAGAUGGUGCCACAGGCCAGCAACAUUCUGCCCCAGGUCAUCGACGCCCUCACAGACACCAGAGAAACAGCUACUGAAGCUAACGAAGCAGAAACUGACUCAGUCGCUGAUCUCAAUGUAGAAGCAAAUGAUGCCGUCACUGAAGGACCCACUGAAAUAAGAGAAGUGCAAACUGAAACAACUGAAGCAGCAAUUCGAGCAAACGAAGAGAAAACUGAUGCACCGGAGGUUCAAACUGAAGCAACUGUGAUCCUACGAGAGGGCGAACCAAGCGAAACCAACACUGAACCACCACAAGAAGCGAAUGAAGCAGUGACUGAACUCAGAGCAGCAGAGGAUGAUGUAGUGACUGAAGCCAAUGAGGCCGCCACUGAGUCACCUGUAGAGAGAGAAGCACAGACUGGCACAGAGGCUCCUGUAGAAGCAAAUGAAGCAAACCUUGAAGCUCAAACUGAACAAACAAACGUAGAAGUUCCUGCUGAAAGAAACGAGGAGAACGCUGAUGCUCAAACUGAACAACCAAACGUUCCUAUAGAAGCAAACGAAGCAAACCCUGAGGCUCAAACUGAACCACCCAACGCUGAAGUUCCUGCAGAGAGAAACGAGGAAAACCCUGACGCAAACCCCGAAGCUCAAACUGAACCAUCAUACUUAGAAAUUUCCGAAGCUCCUGUAGAGGCAAAUGAAGCGAAUCCUGAAGCACAAACUGAACCACCUUAUGUAGAAAUUCCUGCAGAAAGAAAUGAGGAGAACGCUGAAGCACAAACUGAACCAUCUUACAUAGAAAUACCAGAGGCCCCUGUAGAGGCAAAUGAAAGGAAUCCUGAAGAACAAACUGAAUCAUCAAACGUAGAAAUUCCUGCAGAAAGAAACGAGGAGAACGCUGAAGCAAAUCAAGACGGUCAAACUGAACCACCAUACGUAGAAAUUCCUGAAUCUCUUGUGGAGGCAAAUGAAGCAAAUCCUGAAGCACAAACUGAACCACCAAAUGUAGAGGUUCCCGAGGCCCCUGUAGAGACACCUGUGGGAACCAUCAAGGAGGAAACAGCGACGGAGGCUCAGGAAGACCCCAAAUCCAGCGGCACUGUGCACAUCAGCGUGAACGGCCAAACGAUACAGAAGGAGGAACCUGCAGGAGGUAAACAGCAGAAGAAACCCGCUGUCAAUAUGGAGGAUGAGAUGUACUGGAUCAACAUGAAGCAGGACGACCCUGCAAACACAGUGGGUGAAACGAAUGCCUUGGGAGACGCCACUGGCCAAAAGACCUUCACAAAUGAGGGAGAGCGGGAAGAGGAAGAGAAGACAGAGGAUGACAUUACCGUCUUGGAGGAAGCGCCCCAGUCUGUGUCCUUCAAUGCUGAAAGGGAGUUCCUUGAGGAGGGAGAAGAGGAGGAAGAAGAGGAGGAGGAGGAAGAGUUUGACGACCGCAGCUUCUUCUAGUUUACGUUAGCAUUCAGGAACUUGAUGGCACAAAGUGAUUCCUGACUACUGUUACUACCACUAAUGUCCUCCUCCUCUUCCUCCUCUUGCUGCUCCUGCUUCACCCCUCACGGCCACCUCCAAGGCCAGGGCAUUGUCUUAAGGCUUCAUUUUGGGGUGUAUUUGGCUCCUCCCGCCGCCUUCGUCCUUCACACAGGAGCGGGAGGCAUAAGCUGGGAAGAACCUACGUCGUCUUCUAUGUUUUAUUAGUUUUCUCCCUUUCUUUCGUGCUUAUUUAUUGUUGUAAUGUUAGAAGAAGGGAGUCAGUAGCUGUGUUUACUACUACUACUACUACUACUACUACUAUUACCACUAUUACUACUACUACUACAUGAAGGCUUACAUAGGACGAUGCUUGGCCAGACCUACUGUACACACACACGCACACGCACACACACACACACACACACACACACACACACACACACACACACACUGGGAUUUUGUAUGUACUCAAUGUAAGAGAAUAAAGUCUGGCAAAGAGA